ACUGAAUGGAGGAGCUUCAAACGACAGAAGUUCGGUGAAAGAAUGUGACCACCCUUCUGAGACUCCAAAGACCUUCAGCGACGCAAACAUUUAAGACGGUUGGUUUCUAACAAGCUGAGAGAAAUUUUAUUGGAUAACAAGAUGACGACUUCGUCAAACCUGGCCUCUGAUGCCACUCAGAUGCUGGCUGCAGCGCUAGAGCAAAUGGAUGACAUAAUUGCAGGAACUCGAUACCAGUCGUCUGAAGUCUCAAGCCUUCACAACGGGACAAUGGAUUCUCACAAUGCCAACUUUUCCUCUUCAUCCACCUCAAUCUCAGUCAACCAUUUUGGAAUCUCCCAGCAGGCUGACGACCUCAAGCAGUCCGUGGAGAUGGCUCUAGAUCGAGGAGAGGCAGGGAUCUCAAGAGAAGGAAUCCCAGAGAGUACGAGACGAGUCUUGACACGUUGGCUGCAGGGAAACUCCUAUCCGGUGAAUGGGCCCACACCGGUGGUCUCCUCGGAGCAGGUCCAACGUCUAGAAGGAGAUAAAGAGUCCCUGGUGCUCCAGCUAGCCGUCCUAAAUGACCAGGUGGAGGCACAAUCAGAGGCCAUUCAAGAAAUGGAACGAGGUCUGGCCGAUGAGGCGGUCAAGCUGACCAAAACAGAAGCCAUGCUACAAGAGGAGAUGAUGGCUCGUGCGGAGUUAGAGUCAACCAAGCUGAACCAGAUGACAGAAGUCUCCAACCUUAGGAUACGUCUGAGCACCGUGGAAAAUGACUUAAGUAACUACAGGGAAAGGACGUUAAAAGCAGAGUCACUCUUGGAAGAAAAGCAGAAAGAAUCGGGCGAGCUCUCUGUGAAGUAUCAAAAGAGUCAGAACAAGAUCUCAGAGCUUCAGGGGGAAUCAAACACGUGGCAAGAGAAAUACAUGCAGAGUCAGGGGGAGAAUGAGAGACUUCAGGCGGCUCACUACAAAGAAGUGGAUUAUGCCACCGAGAUUGAGAAGUUAAAAAGAGCAGUCGAGUCCCUGCUGGCCGCAAACAAUGAGAAGGAUAAAAAGAUUGACGAUCUGAAGAAGAGUGUCUCCCGUUAUAAGAAGGUGCAGGAACUCAUGCUGACUGCCCAGGGUAGAAGAGCUGAUGGAAGCAUGAUGGAUGAUGACCCGAUUCGCUCCGAUAGCUUCUCAACGAGUAGCUCAGUGAGUAUGGCCGACACUGACGAGAGCUCAACCAAUAGGAGGGAGCCUAGAAUGGAGAACCAACCAGAUGUUGCAACUAAAUCCACCCCCGAGGUUAUCCUGAGAGUGGGAUCACCCCUUCAUUCACCAACAGAUACAGAUAGGAAUAACUCACUUAAUCGGGAGGUGCCAUUAGUAGGAAAGGGGUCGACAGAAGAUGAUAUUAAGUUUCAGAAGAGAAAAUCUGCAAGCCUCGAGGAUCUUAAGCCUGGAACGUUGUCAUUUACGAAUGACUCAACAACCGCUGCCCAUCAUCAGGGUUAUAGCACCCUCCCAUCCCCCCGCAGCAAGAGUAAAGAGUUCCAGUUUACCCAGCCCAACCCGGUGACAAUGACGCAACACCAAACCAUGACACAAGGUAGCCCAGAAUCUAGGCGUGAACGUAAGGACCGCUCGGGGUCCUUCGGUAGGGGGCUCUUUAAGGUGCGGGGCUCAAAGAAGACGUCCAGCGCACCUAACCUGGCCUCCACAGAAUCCGAUAACGAGGACAUCAUUAGGAGGAAUCGUCGUGUCAACUUUGCCGAUCAACCGGAUACCCCACCGGCUGAGAGACGGAAAAAGAAAGUUGGGAUUAAGAAACUCUUCGGCAAGUUGAAAAGGAGUAAUUCAGCCACUUUGACCUUUGCAGAAGAGGAUGAAGAUUCGUCUAUUGGGUUCCAACGUGGAGGACGAUUAAGAGCUACUGCUGGCCCUAGGAUUGGUUGGGCUGGAUUUAGAACCAAUAAGGACUCCGACGCACCCUUUGCUAAGUGGGAAAGUGACCAGGUUGCAGCGUGGCUUCAUGACAUGGGGCUUGGUCAGUACAUGUCAAUGUGUCGGGUGUGGGUCAAGAAUGGAGCUACUCUACUCAAAGCUUCACCACUUGACCUAGAAAGGGAACUGGGCGUCAAGAACGUCCUCCAUCGUAAGAAGAUUCAGCUCGCCCUCCAAGCCAUCGGUUCUGAAGAGGAAGAUAAAUUCAGUCUCCUUGAUCACAACUGGGUCUUGAGGUGGUUGGACGAUGCGGGUUUACCUCAGUACAAGGAUGCCUUCAGUGAAGCAAAGGUUGAUGGGAGAAUGCUGCACUAUCUGACUGUGGAUGAUCUUUUGUUGAUGCGGGUUACCAGUGGCAUGCACCAUGUCAGUAUAAUGAGAGGAAUCCAAUGCCUGCGUCUUCAUCAUUUCCAGCCUAACUGCCUCCGUCGCCGACCUACAGAUGAAAACUGGUUUCAUGAGGUUAAAACAAUGCCCCCCUGGAGUUCAGAACUGCCUUAUGAAGCGUGUCGAGAAGUGAUGUUAUGGACAAACCAUCGAGUUAUGGAAUGGUUGCGUACAGUAGAUCUGUCAGAGUAUGCACCGAACCUCAGAGGAAGUGGUAUUCACGGUGCUUUAAUGGUCCUUGAGCCUCGUUUCUCCGCUGAGACCCUCGCUGCAACCCUCUGCAUCCCUAACUCUAAAUCCCUCCUCAGGAGGCAUCUCAGUACACACUUUGUCUCGCUGGUUGGCAGUCAGAUCCAAGCACAGAAAAGAGAAUCAGAAAAAGCUUCUGGGUAUGUGCCACUCAGUGCCCUCUCCAAAAUCAAGCCCAAGAAGCGACCAUUUGGAGGUCGUCCUAAGAAGAGAGGCAUGGAGGAGGAGGACUAUGUUUGCCCCAUGAACCUAGAGGCUCCUCUAGCCGUCCAAGGGAUGAGGGAUGGGUUACAGAACGGCACCAAGGGUAGCAACUAUAGGAUUGAGGUACGCGGUGCUGAUAAGGUCCACAAACAGGAAGAUGAGAGCAGCGUUAGUUCCCCUGAUUCAGCAGACGGCAAUGCCCCUAGUCAGAUCGGAGCCUUCUCACAGGAGAUUAACUCCCUCACGAGCAUGCUGAACGAUGACAAGACUGAGAACGGUGGAACAAACGUCUGAGGGAGGCUGUUUUAAGACACUUGGAAAUCUUCAAGAUGAUGUACAGUUUUUUAUCAGGGCUUCCAGUAAAAACGCUGACGUGCUGUACGUUGCUGCGUAUGGAUGUGUGGCUGUUGAUAGUAGGUCACCCCCAAGGACCCCCUUGAUGGGAGAAGGCACUUCUUCUGUAAGCCCUGAUCUACUCUACUUAACCUGCUUAGCAAAUGCACAGGCAAUUUGUUUCAUUACAAAGCAUAUGUUCUAUAAUAAUUGGGAAAAAAGUUAAUGGCUUGACGUUUCAACCCUGGCAGAGUCUUUCUCGGAGAGCUAAAAGGCUCUAAUAAUUGUGGCAGAUUUUUAAACCUGUCUAUAGUUGGACUGGUCCUCUUUCCAACUACACCCCAAGACUUUCACCAUUUUCCUUCUCCUAGCUUUGUCAUAUUUGAUACCUUCUUAGGUAUAAAUGUCUGAAGUGCCCAUAUUCUGUGAAUAAACAACGAAGCACACUUUGCUCUAUAAAAGAAAGUAAAGUUUAUGCAGAUUUUUAAUCAACUGAGGAGUCGACCAAAAUCUAAACAAAAAGUUAUUUCCUGGAGCUGCUUAAGACAUACAUGGAAACUUGCUAAGUACACGUAGGUUUACCAGCCAAGCAUGUUAUGUAUACAUUGCUUAUGGCUGGUACCCUGCAUAGUCAAUUGCUUAUCAAGCAUAUUCUCUUAAGCAGUGAUAUAAAUUAGACUCCCUAAGUUGGUAUAAAAAUACUAAAAUUGCAACGAAAAUAAAUUUUUUUUAAUCAAAAGAAUUUUCUUAGUGUACUUUUACCCUUCCAGUCUUUACAUCUCCUAAACACAUUUUGGUUUUUUAAUCACUUUGUAAAAUGUUUCAAUUGUAUAUACAUAGCCAUUGUUAAAUUAUUUUGUACGUUUGUGUAUUAAUAUGGUUUUUGUUGUUAUUUUAAGUUAAUUAAAAACAAUUAUUGUUAAUAAGGCAUUUUUGAAAGACAACUACACAUGAUUUUUUUAUUGGAAAGAAUAUUCUCUACUAAAGUCGAUGUUUCAAAAUCAAUGUGAAUUUUAGAUUUUUUAUUGAAUUCACAAAUCAUUGCUCAAAAGCAUAGCCAGAUGUAACAAGUGUAUUGAUGUUCUAAGAAUUUAACAACUGUCCAUUUAAAUAAUCUCCAAAUGAUAGUUUUUGUAAUGAAAUAAUCACAACUUAUUUUUAAAGUGAUAUUUGAGGUGCCUCAUAAAAUAAGAUCCAAGCAAAAUAAACAAGCAACUACGGUAUUUAACAAUAUGCAAAAUCCCAGUAAAAUAGUAUUAUGCAGAACCGUCACCAUAUUUGUUAGUAUUUAUAGUUUUAAAUUGCAAGGGGAAACCAACCCCUUGAUCAUGCCCGCCCUUUCAAAAAUCAAAUUUGAACCUCUGAAAAAAGUAUUUUAUGCAGAGUAAUUUUUUUUUUAAAUACACCAGAGAGUAUUACUUCACAAGUUUUGACUUGGUAGAUAUGGAAGAAUUGAUAACUGACUUUGAAUCUUUCUUCUUAAGCAACAUUUUAUAUUAACAAACUUGUUAGGUUAAUGUACUCACACCAAAAGCAACCCAAAUUGCUGCUGGACAUUUUUUAUAUAUAUUUUUUUUUAAGUAUGAUUAACUUUAUGGAGGGAAACCAAUGCAAAAAAAUCGCUCUGAGAGUUUAAGUCUGGCCCAUUUCUUCAAACUGAAAUCAGUAUGUAUUGCACACAGGGGACAAGACUAAUGUGGUGGCAGCUUUAUACCUUAAACCUUGAGAAAUGAAAUAACCCUUUGUAAAAUCAUUAGUUAAUAAUGCGACAAAUUUGUAAAUAUAUAUUUUUUUGAAAUUCCACUUCUUUUUUAAGAAAGUGUACCUUACAUUUUCCUUUAAUAUCUUUUAAACAUUUUACCUUUCUUACCCUGUAAUGAUCUCGACUGUGCUCAAAGAAAAUCUUUUUAACAAAAAAAAAUGAUGCUGUUCGUCUUAUAUUGCUUAUUCUUGUGCCAAAUGUUUUUAUUUUUUUUUUUUUUUGGAAAAUAAAAGUGUCAAACUUCUUUUCAAACGGAUGCAAAUCGUUUCAAACCAAAAAUGCAUUUUUAGCAAAUAUUUAAUGUGAAUUAUUUCACUAAGGAAUCCAUUUUCAUAGUUUGAAUUUCAGUGUUUGUCCAACCGGCGAUUUCACCAAACUCUUCCUAACUUAGGCUAAAUCUUAGGACAAGUAAAGUUUCAUAUCUGAAGACGUUGGACACAUUGAACCCAUCCUAAGUUAGGAUGAGUUAGUUGUCCUUACUCGAGAUAGAAAUUCCAACACAGCCUUAAUUUUGAACGUGUUCAUAUGCAGUCUGUAGAUAAAACUUUAUGGUAGAUGACAUAGUGAAGACAGGGAACUAUUUAGCACACAGGGUUUUUAGUAAUAGCGUUCUAUUUUCAUCAGCAUUUAACAACAACACAAUCUAUUUUUGGAUAUGUAUUGGUAGAAAAGUAGAACUGUAUAGUUGGUAAAGAAAUUUUGAGCACAUUUUUAGAACAGUAAAUUUCCAAAAGUUGUUUCAUUGUUUUAUUUUAGGUAAUAAUUCUCAAGGGAAACUGACUGGGUAAAUUUUAAACACGUUAUGGUUGUUCAAACUUCUGGAUCUGGAUCUGGAUAUUAUUAUACUCCGAUAAAAACGGAUACCCGCAUCGCAUCAGAGUUUAUUUUCAAGAAAGGAGAGAGCGCUGGGUAACUUGAUUUCAAUGACAAAACUUUGUGAAUUUUUCUUGCAAAUGUUCACAUUUUAUGGAAUUCUAGGGUGUAAAUAUUUCACUGCAUACACUUUUUUUUCUUCAAUCCUUUCUAUUUAUUUAGUUUUGUCAGAAUCAUUAUUUUCCAUUUUAGGUUUACUAACAAUUUCUGACAUCUUGAUUUCAAAGUUAUUAUAAACUUGAUGAAAGCAAGUUUAAGGGAAAUAACUGGAACUUUAAAAAGGUGUUCAGACAGACACCUAAUAUUGUAAUCUUAAAAAAUUAAAAUUUGUAAAUAGCUAUGUAUAACUUUCCUAAAUAACAUUUGUAGUAUUUCUAAGACUAUGUACUGUACCUCAACUAAGAUAAACGCAAAUAAAAUGGUCUAAGUUUAAACCAAACUGUAAACACUA